AUUCACCUUCAAAGUAAAUUAUAAACCAAUUAAGCACGGCACAAGAUAGAAACGACGACAAAACUCUUGGAACGAAAAACGACAAAGUCCCCAAUCCCAGUUUACCUCAACCGUCGACUUCCACAUGCACUUGGACUUCCCAAAUGCCAGGCAUGGCCGCGGCUGUGGCUCUGCCUCUUUGCCUGCGGACCAAACUCCCAGGGCCAUGGCUGAAUCAAUCUCGUACCUUCGUGGACGCCAAGGUCAAGUGGGUCCGAGACCCUUACCUCGAUUUCGUCGUCGAGAGAGAGAAGGACCUCUUCCAAGCCAUCUCCUUCAAGAACCAGAUUCUCUCCGACCCUUCCAAAUCUCUCCCUCUCUCUCUCGCCUCCAUCCUCAAACCCCAUUUCCACCUCUCAAUCCCUUCCUCCAAAUUCUUCCAGAAAUACCCUUCCUUUUUCACCCUGUUCCAGCCCUCCCCCGGCCUCCCCCCGCGCGUCAAGCUCACUCGCCGCGCCCUCUCUCUUCACUACGAGGAGUCCGCCGCCUUCGAUUCUCUCCGAAAAGACGCCGUCCGCCGCCUCUCCAGGCUUCUGAUGAUCGCCGGCGGUGGUCGACUUCCCCUCCGCCUGGUCGAGCAGCUCAGAUGGGAUUUUGGCCUUCCUCACGACUUCGUCGCCUCUCUCCUCUCCGAUUUCCCCGAUUACUUUCACGUCUGCGAAGUUCCGAACACUAGCGAUGGAAAACCCGAGCUCGCGCUGGAGAUCGUCUCGUGGAGGAAGGAUCUCGCGGUGUCGGAAUUGGAGAAGAGAUCGUCAUCGUCGUCGGAUUCGAAGCGGAUCGCGUUUCCGAUGAGCUUCCCGAGAGGGUUCGAUCUGGUGAAGAAGGUGAAGGACUGGGUAGAAAAAUGGCAGCUUUUGCCGUACAUUUCUCCAUACGAGAACGGAUUCCACCUCCCGCCGGGAAGCGACCAGGCGGAGAAGUGGACAGUGGCGGUGCUUCACGAGCUGCUGUGGCUGACGGUUUCGAAGAAGACGGAGAGAGAAAACUUGCUCGUCUUGGGAGAAUGGUUAGGAUUUGGUUCGAGAAUGUUCAAGAAGGCUCUGGUUCACCACCCGGGGAUCUUCUACGUCUCGAACAAGAUUAGGACCCAGACUGUCGUGCUCAGAGAAGCUUACAGAAAAGAUUUCUUGGUGGAGAAGCAUCCUUUGAUGGCCAUGAGAUAUCGCCACAUUCAUCUCUUGAACCAGAUGCCCAAGACGUUGACUAAACCAAGUGUUUCUGUUGAUCAUGGAAUUAGGCGAAUUUGAUUGUUAGAAAGUUUUUCAUGGAAAUACUGACAAAUAAAUUCGUUCUUAAACAAUAUUGACCAAGCUUGCUUGAUCGGGGGGUUGAACAAAUGUUAUUUUUGCCAACUUGUUUUUCCCAUCAAUUGCAAUGCGUUUUCAGAUGAUCAGCUGCUCGGGGUGCGUAAGAGAAGAUGGUGUUGAAAUUAUGAUGCCAAUAACGUGCUCCUCAUCAGAAUCGUCUAACACGUCACCAUCAGAUAAAGUAAUAUUUCACGGAUGAGCAGAAGCCUACCAGAUAGCCUCUUAAUGUGACAAUAAAUGUUGUGGGGAGUUAUGCGGACAAGAAUGAUUUCACAUGUGCUUUUGGUCCUUGGAUGCACGGGAAGAUGGUAAUUGGUCUGUCUUAUCAAACAGACUUGUACGUAUCAGUAUCAUAUCAUACUAUCAUUUUGAUAUUUGUGGAGGUGGAU